UAUCAAAACAAAAACGAACAGUAAACAAACUUUUCCUCAACUUCAUCGUAAUUAUUUUUCGCCAACUAAUUAGUCAUUUGAUCGUUAAUGAAUUAUUGAAAGUAAUUCUUAGCAUUCGCAUACAACAACCAAUAUGACUGUUCAGUUACCUCCCUGUCCCGAAUCUCUUCGUAACGUUCAACCGUACUUAAAAGUAGCCCUAGAACAUGACGAAAGAAAUCCAGUCAUCAGCUAUUGGUCUCGUAUUUACGCCCUCCAGUUAGCUCUAACCAUAGAUAAGAAAUCGACCGAAGCGAAGCAGUUCCUUUUGCCGUUGAUGGACUGGUUGGAAAAAACCAAACGAAGCUCCGCUAACAAUGAGCUAAUCACGAGCGAAGCAGCUGCCCAAGCCUUCGUAGAAAAUUACGCUCUUAAACUGUUCAUUUGGGCAGAUAACAAUGACCGAGGCGGUAUCUUUAAUAAGAAUGUGGUACGAUCCUUUUACACGAGCGGAUUACUGAUGGAUGUUCUCACAACGUUCGGAGAACUCAGCGAAGAAAUAACAAAGAACCGGAAAUACGCUAAAUGGAAAGCAGCCUAUAUUAACAAUUGUAUGAAAACCGGUGAAGUUCCCAUCCCUGGGCCACAAGGCGAAACUGACGAAGAACAAGAGCUGAACAAUUUAUUAAACCUAGAUAAACCAGCAUCACCUCCAGCUGCUGGUCCGGCUCCGUCUCAGUCGCAGCAGCCUUCGUUUCCCUCCAUACCCAACUCAUCUACCACCGCUUUUUCAGACCUCCCCACUGUUCCAUCUGAACUAAAUCUACCAAACACCAACUUCUCUUACAAUCCUCACCCUACACCUUCAACAGGAUCACCUCAACCAUCUAUCAACAGUGCUAGUAAUAUCUCAACUACUACUCAAGCUAGUAAUUCGAGUCUGAAACUGGAUUCUUCUCAAAUUACCAAAGCACAAAAGUUCUGUAAAUUCGCCUCCAGCGCUUUGAACUACGAUGAUAUUCCAGAAGCGAUAAAUAACCUACAGAAAGCUCUGAAACUUCUGCAGACCGGAGAAGAUGAGUAAUAUUAUUCGUUCUUUAGGGACUUUAUUUUUUUUUUACAAAUAAUCAAUUUUUGUGAUACUUCAGUUAGAUUUUACAGAUAUUUUAUACCGUAGGAUUUCCAAGUGUCCCAUCGAUUUUUAUUUUUUUUUGUACUAACAAUGAUAGGUUUAUUGAAGAGCUUAUGCUUCUAAAACGACGAUUGGAAAUUAUUUUUUUAUUUAAAACAAUUAAUUUUAAUCAAUGUCGAGGAGAAGAAUGUCCAAUUUGUAUUUUUUUGCUUAUUAAGAGCACAUUUAAUUAGAUUUACGUUUUGAAAACAAUACACGAGUCCAUUUCCGGAAUUAUUUUACAAUUUAUUACGUGUACAUAUUCACUAUUUAUCUCAGCAAAUAUAGUUUACGAUUUUUA